UUUGUUUUUUAAUAAAUUAUCGGUCUUGUGUAGAUUAUCAAGUUAUUGAAAUUGGAAUGAAACUUACUAUUGUGAAAUUCUUAAUGUGUUUUGAUGUCCAUAUUUAAUCUGGAAUUAUUUGUUCAAGAAGGUCAUGGAAGUGGAACAAAUAUAUAAAGUAAAAUAAUAUUACUUUAUCAUUAUUUAUAUAAAUGAUGAAGUUGUCAUUAUCUUUUGCCAGCAUUUGUCGGAAGUAUAAAUUUACUUCAUCUCUGUGGAAAACUAAAAAGACCAUUCUGUGUUUCUCACCUAAUCGUGUGCUCUUUCACAAUGUUAAUCAAUGUUCUGUCUUAACAGUCUCUGCAUCUACCCUUUAUGCUUCAUUUCAUUGUUGUACUCCUCUGUUUGCUAAACAGUUUCAAGAAAGAGAAAACGAAUAUGCUCACAAUAUAAUGUCUAAUAUUGAUUCAUACUGCAAUUCAGUUCUCAAGUAUCCUUUGACAUUAAAAAAUGGCCCUUUGAAUUCAAGUUCUACUGAAAUUUCUCAAGUGCAAGAGCUUUCAGAUUUCUCAAAGGAAAAAGAAGGCGAAUCUCAUUCUCACCAUCUCAUAUUUGUUUACGGAACUCUGAAGAGAAAUGAACCCAACCAUGAUCUGGUCACGGAUUCUUCCAAAGGCAAGGCCAUUUUCGAGGCUAUGGCGCGGACCGUCCAAAAAUUUCCUUUAGUGAUUGCAUCCAGAUACAAUAUUCCGUAUCUUCUUUAUAAAGGAGUAGGAAAGCAUGUCAUAGGAGAGCUGUACAAAGUAGACGAUGCCAUGUUGGAACGCAUGGACGAAUUAGAAUGCAAUGGAAAGUAUUACAAUCGAAUUAAAGUCGAGGUGCAGCCUUUCAUUCCAGAUGAUGAAAAUCGCGUUUUGCCUAUCGUGAAACCCUGGAUUUACUUUCUCAUGAAUUACCGAGAACACCUGUUAGAUCUACCCCAUCUCGAGAAUUACUCAUCCAAAGGUCCCCACGGCUUGGAGUAUGUCAGCAGGUAUAAUCGACCUCAAGGAGAGGAUUAUUAUUACGAGGUUCAAAAUGUAAUUAAUAUUUAA